GCUCAAUGCAUGUCGCUUUAAAUAUGACUGUAUACCGUUCAUUAUCUCCAUUUUGUUGAGGUUAUUAUCUUGGCCCCCUCAAUGAUUAAAUAUUCAAGCCCUGAAAUCUACGAGUCGCCAAAAUUAUAGAUCUACAUAAGCGUUUGUCUUAUCUGACAGCGGGGGGUUCGUAAGUCGUACCGGUACAACCUUAGUACAACCUUAUAUUGCCACCACAUAUGAGUCAGUUUUACUGCCCCGUUCUAUCGCCGUACGAAAUUAGACAAUGGGAGUAGCCUACCCUGGUGUCACGCACUAAAUCCACCUCCUUGGCCUAUCUUGCUAAGUCAUGUGAAUGAGGGGAAGUCAAAUGCAUGCAGAGGAUGUAAGCCUAUUUAAACCACCUCUUCCCCGGACUCUCUCUCUCUUCAUAUAACCAAUUAUCCUUGGAUUAACCUACGACUGAUAUGGCCGGCUUUAACACCCAAUUGAUGCAUGCAGACGCAAACCAACGCGUUUCGGACGUCACACAGCCAAUUCAGACCUCCACCACGUACCGCUACAGCACAGACCCAGCUGAGUUGGUACCUGCCAAGGACUUGAUCGCCACAUCUACCGAUGAAUGCGCCUGGGUAGGGAACCCAGUGUACUCCCGCAUUUCCCACCCGGCUUCUGAGAGCUGUGAGGACGUUUUGGGCCAAAUUUUAGACGGCCACGCGGUGGUGUACAAUUCAGGGUUAUCCUCGUUCUACGCCAUGCUCACGCACUUUAACCCGAAGAAAUUAGCCAUUGGGAAGGGCUACCACGGCUGCCACGGCAUUGCCAACAUAUUUACUCGGAUUUCCGGCUUGCAGCAGCUCAGCUUGGAAGACUGGGAACAGCUCGGCCCGGGUGAUAUCUUGCACUUGGAGAGCCCUGUCAACCCAGAGGGAACAUCCUUUGACAUCGAAGACUACGCAAAUAAAGCACACUCCAGGGGUGCACUUUUGCUGAUUGAUUCUACCUUUGCCCCUCCUCCGUUGCAGAAGCCGUUUGAUUUUGGUGUUGAUAUCAUCAUGCACUCCGCCACCAAGUACUUAGGUGGCCACUCAGACUUGUUGGCGGGGGUCUUGGCCACCAAAGACGCGAAAGUAAAGAAGGCGUUGCUUGAAGACAGAAUAUUCCUCGGCACCAACAUUGCCAACUUGGAGUCUUACUUGUUGUUACGCUCUCUCAGAAGCUUCGACUUACGUGUGCGUCAGCAGGUUAAAAACGCCGAAAAGUUGGUAAAGUAUUUGCACGAAAACAUCAAUACUUUUGAGGUUUUAGCCGGUGUAUACCAUUCGUCCUUGCAGACCGAGGAGUUUGUGAGAAAGCAGUUGCCUCUCGGCGGUCCUGCCACGUUUUCUAUCGAAGUCACUAAUGCCGAGAUCGCACGCAGCUUGCCUUCGAAGCUAAAGUACUUCCAACAUGCAACCUCUUUGGGUGGGGUCGAAAGUUUGAUCGAGUGGAGGGCCAUGAGCGACGAAAGCGUCAGUCAAUCUUUGCUCAGAGUCAGUGUCGGGUUGGAGGAUGCUGAGGACUUGAUUCAGGAUUUCUCUGCCGCCUUUCAGUCAUUUGAGGAAGACACUAUGACCGCCCAGGUUGAAACGUUGGGGUUGUAGUUAUGAUUGUUUGUGGGUACUUUGAAGUAUUCUUAAGACAAACAGAUGCUUAGCUAUGACUAUCUGCAGCCUGUAGGUUUCCGGUAGAUUCUGUGAGUUUCGUUCACAAUUAUCAAAUCUGCUGGGAAAAGAAAGGUAAUCAAGCCCGAUAUGAGGGGGUUUACACGCUCUACCGAUUGAGCUGACCAAGUCGACCAUUUGCACUGUUAAAGUCAACCUGGAUCCUUCUCUAAAUUCAUGUUGCUCGUAUUAGUUUGGUUGGGUCUGCCCUUCCUUAUAUACCUGGGUUUAGUUCUCUAUUAUUUUAUGCUAAAAAGCUAUAUAGG